AUGGUAUUCUCUCUCACCUUCUUAUAUUGUGCCAUAUAAUAGUGGCAAUAAUAUAAUGCUUCGAAUAAGUAAAUAAAUAGUGAAAUUAAAAAUUAAAAGUGAAUUUAAAGUUAAUAAUAGCUUACCAACAAAUAAAAUAGCAGCUGUUGCUACAAUAUUAUCAAAUGAAACGUUUACAAACUUACGCUGCAACGAAUUUGACAAAAGAGAUACAUGUAGGAGCAUGUGAUAUUUACAUCGAGUGAGAGGCAGAGCAGUGGGGAUGAAGAUGAAGAAGAGGAUGAGGAUGAUUGACGUCUCUGGUGUUUCACUGACAGCUCGAGACUCAUCACAGCAGCUGCGCGCGACUCAAACUCCCCUCAGCCUUCAGGAGGCUCAGAUGGCAUCAUGAGUUGCCGUGGUGACGUGGGCGGGGUCUUCAGCGAGGAUGCGCCUCGUCCUCCAGUGCCGGGUGAGGAGGGCUGUGAGGGCGGGGUUUCCUGCAGUAAGACUGUGUCUCAUUGGUCGGAGGCUCCAGCGGCCGCGGUGCGCCGCUCUGGUGCAGAUCUGGGGUUUGAGCCUGAGGGCAGUGUGUCACCGGAUGGGCCGUUCGAACCCUGGGCCGAGACGCUGCUCACGCUGCUGGAGGACCGUGAUGGCACGGCUCUGUUCCUGCGCUUCCUGCAGACACUGGGCUGCACGCCACUGCUGGAGUUCUGGUUCGCUUGCAGUGGCUUUCAGAAGGUUUCCGAGGACGACACGCAGCGGCGGCUCAAGCUGGCCAGAGCCAUGUACCGCUGCUACCUGUGUGAGGGCAUGGUGUCCCGCAGGAUCACGGCCGAGACCAGGUGCAGCAUACGGGACUGCAUUCAGCAGCUGCAGCUGGACUCAGGCCUGUUUGAGCAGGCGCAUGCACAGGUGCAGGCGGUGCUACAGGACAGACUGUUCCCGCUCUUCCUCCGGUCUGACGUGUAUCUGAAACACACUCACACUCUCAAACCGUCCCCAGGGACACAGUUACCAGGAUACCAGACCACGCCCUCACAGGUGGAGGAGCCUGAGAAAGAGACCCUCCCUCCCCACGAUCAGAAGCGUGCAGGUGAUCAGGAGUCCAGGCAGCGGCAUCACUUGUGUCAUCGACACCACCAAACACGAGAGAGAGACAUGAGACACACACAUCUGCCACACACACCGGUGAAGAUGACACCACACACCUUUGCAGCUGAGCUGAUGAGACGUUUGCGGGAGCUGCAGAUACAAACUCAAAGCCCUCCAGCGCUGAGACACACAGAAGAAGAAACAGAUACCAGUGGCACUACUGCAUCCUCCUCGUGCUAUUCGCUAAAGAUGCCGGACAGUGACUGUGCUACGCAGAGAGACAUCUGCACACGUGACACGAGGAGCAUCGUGACGAGUCCGGCACACACACACCACAUCCGUGCUGCAGUGACAGGUUCCUCCAGAUCCUCUGUGUGUCCUCAGGUGUGUGACGGUGGUGUAUUGUUACGGUGGAGAGCUGGUCCCGUACCGGACGUGUGUUCAGGGCGUCUCCGCUGUAACUCUGGCUCUCUUCAAGUCUCUGCUGCCGCGCCGAGGGCCGUUCAGCAGGUUUUUCUUCAAGAGAGCGAGCGCUGAGUUUGACUGCGGUGUGGUUUAUGAGGAGAUUCGAGAGGACGACGCUGUCCUGCCCACACUCGACCGGAAAAUCAUCGCCAGAGUGGAGAGCGUGACCGAAUCCAUCACUUCAAAACAAUGACUGUAAACUUCUGAACACAUGCAAACAAAAUCUGUUUCAGUCAAAUAUGAGUCUGAGUUUAGAAUCACAGUGAAGAGUUUAUUGUGUGCUGCUUUUGAAUAAACAGUCAUUCAUUUGUGUGCUUUUGAAUGAAAGUUUAUUUACAAUACCACACUGCAGGUAUAUAACAGUAUUAUCCACAACUGUUUCAUAAAGAGAAAGAAACCCUUCAAACACAGUCAUCAUGAUAUUUUAGCCAAACCUGUUUUGUUUCGGAGCCUAACAAAUGUUUAUUAGCAUAGAUAUCCUUGUUUUUUUGUAUCAUAAUGUUUUUAUGCUCUUAAAUUAUGGAAAUCACCUGCAGCUGCUA